AAGAUUAGCUCCUGAUGAAGCGCGGGUGGGGGUCUGCGCGGUCACGCGGUGGUCACGUGCCCCAGCAGCGCAGGCCCGCGGACAGCAGCAGGAUCCGAGACAGCAGCGCUAUAAACUCGCUCUUCUGACGCCCGCACGCGCAGGAUUCCCCGACGCUGAUUGGCCGGCGGCGCCUCUGAUGCGAUGACGUCACGGGCGGAGCCGAGCAGCUGACGAUGAGCACGCGAGAGGAGCGUUUUGUCCGUCGCUGACGUCACUGGGAGCGGGGCGCCGGCUGUAAUGACGUCAUGAGGCUAAGUCAUGAACAUUCCUGUGACCUGGAUAUUUGCUCUGUUUAAGUGAAUCCCCGCCGACUGUUCGCGAUAUUCCUCGGAAAGGCACGCGCUGGUCGGCGUGACUUAAUUUAUGUGCCUGGUUGCUAGUUUUAUGCUGUUCUUGUGGGCCGUAAGUGUGUGUGAAGCAGCGGACCCCAGGGACCCGCCGGUGACUCUGUGAAUCCGCUCGUAGAAGCAGGGAUGUUUGCGGCGGUGGAGCUCGGGCCCGUCCUCUGCAGCGACUCCAACAUCCUGUGUCUGUCCUGGAAGGGCCGUGUGCCUCGCAGCGAGAAGGAGAAGCCCGUGUGCAGGAGGCGCUGCUAUGAGGAGGGCUGGCUGGCCACAGGGAAUGCCCGGGGGGUCGUGGGGGUCACCUUCACCUCCAGCCACGGCCGCAGAGACCGGCCCCCCCCGCAGCGCACCAACUUCAACCUCCGGGGACACAACAGUGAGGUGGUGCUGGUGCGGUGGAACGAACCCUUCCAGAAGCUGGCGACCUGCGACACCGACGGCGGGAUCUUCGUCUGGAUCCAGUACGAGGGCCGCUGGUCAGUGGAGCUGGUCAAUGACCGAGGAGCUCAGGUGAGCGACUUCACCUGGUCUCACGACGGCAUGCAGGCGCUGAUCUCGUACCGCGACGGCUUCGUGCUGGUGGGCUCGGUGAGCGGUCAGCGCCACUGGUCAUCCGAGAUCAACCUGGAGAGUCAGAUCAGCUGUGGGAUCUGGACCCCCGAUGACCAGCAGGUGUUGUUUGGGACGGCGGACGGUCAGGUGAUCGUCAUGGACUGUCACGGGAGGAUGCUGGCUCAUAUCCUGGUGCACGAGGCCGAGGGCAUCACCAGCAUGUCCUGGAACUAUCCCAGCUUCCUGGUGGAGGACAGCAGCGGGAGCGACACGGACUCGGACGAACACGCACCUCUGCAGGUGCCCCGUCUGAAGCCGCUGUUGACCGUCUGCUUCACGUCUGGAGACGUCAGUCUGAUGAACAACUACGAUGACCUCUCGCCCUCGUUCAUACGCACCGGCCUCAAAGAUGUGGUGGUGCAGUGGUGCUCUCAGGGCGACCUGCUGGCUGUCGCUGGGAUGGAGAGACUCGUGAUGACCUCUGACCCCACCCAAGCCACCCGAAAUGCCAUGGUUAAGUUUUAUAAUGUUUGCGGUGAGCACAUUUACUCACUGGAGACACCUGCUCAGAGGCCGAUCAGUGCGCUGUGCUGGGCUCAUCGGGACUCGCGUCUGUUCCUCGCCAGCGGCUCGGUUCUGUAUGUGCUUCGCGUCGAGCAUCGCGUGGCCAGUCUGCAGCUGCUGUGUCGUCAGGUGAUCGCAGGUGUGGUCCACGAGGAGAAGGACCUGGUCAAACUCAGCAUGCCCUCUCGCCUGAGCACAUACGUGUCUUCUGCCUUCGCUCCCACCAUUAAGCCCCCCAUCCCGGAUCCCAACAGCAUGCGGGACUUCGUUAGUUAUCCGACAUCAGGUAACGAGCGUCUGCACUGCACCAUGAAGCGCACCGAGGACAACCCUGAGGUCGGCGGGCCUUGCUUCACCCUGUACCUGGAGUAUCUGGGGGGGCUUGUCCCGAUUCUGAAAGGCCGUAGGAUUAGCAAACUUCGUCCUGAAUUUGUCAUCAUGGACCCAAAGACUGAUGGGAAAGCAGAUGAAGUCUAUGGAAACAGCUUCAUCCCCUCCGUGAUUGACAGCUGCAAUUGCUCAGACUCUAGUGACAUUGAGCUCAAUGAUGAUUGGGUUGGAAAGAAGUCACCAAAGAUCUCCAGAGGGAGCAAGUCUCCCAAACUUCCCAGAGACUUAGUGUGUCCCUUUACCAACAGGAUAAAUAUAGAUCCCCGUAAGUCCCCCAAGCUCUCCCGCACCGCACAGGAAAUAUCCCGAUCGCCUCGGCUCCCCAUUCGCAAGCCCUCCAUUGGCUCUCCGAGUCUGAUUCGGCGGGAGUUUCCGCUCGAUGACAUCACACAGCACAAUUAUCUUGCGCAAGUUACAUCUAACAUAUGGGGAACAAAGUUCAAAAUUGUGGGACUCGCAGCAUUUUUGCCAACAAAUCUUGGAGCAGUUAUCUACAAGACAAGUCUGCUUCACCUCCAGCCCAGACAGAUGACCAUCUACCUCCCUGAGGUAAGGAAGAUCUCGGUGGAAUACAUUAACUUACCUAUGUUUAGUCCUAAUGUCUUCAGUGAGGACGAGGAUGACCUGCCUGUCACAGGAGCAUCAGGAAUCACUGAUGAUAAUCCUCCUUGCACUGUUAACAUACCCAUCGCCCCCAUACACAGCCCCGCGCAAGCCAUGUCCCCCACCCAAAGCAUCGGCCUUGUCCAAUCCCUGUUAGCCAAUCAAAACGUCCAGUUGGAUGUGUUGUCCAAUCCAACAUCGACUGUGGCACCACCUGGGGCUUCUGACCAAGGACUCCAGGACACUGUGCUCAAUGCACAGUACACCGUUCCUGCCAGGUAUUCUAGUCCCGGACAGGUAAUCUUUGGAGGUUUGGAUGUUGGUCGGCUUUUAGUUGCGCAAUCCCAACAACAGCAGCAGCAAUCACAACAUCAUCAACAGCAACAGCAGCUGCAACAACAUUAUCAGCAGCAGCAGCAGCAUCAACAGCUACAGCAACAGCUGCAACAAUAUCAGAUGCAGCAUCAACAGUUGUUGCAGCAUCAGCACAUGCAGCAGCAGCAGCAGCAACACAUGCAGCAGCAGAUCCAACAGAUGCAGCAGCAACAGCAAAUGCAGCAACAGCUUCAGCAUCAAAUCCAACAGCAGCAUCUGCAAAUGCAACUGCAGCUGCAGCACCAGCAAAUGCAACAACAGUUGCAACAGCAGCAUCAGAUCCAAAUCCCUGUUCCAGCUUUGCCCUCAGGUCAACCAUCAUGCCCAGUCCUUCAGCUUCCGCAGAGUACCAUCCCGGACGUUCCCCCAACAGCAGAGCACAGUACGGAGCGUGGGGAACAUGAGCUCCUGCUUAAAAUUAAAACCACUCGAUCUGCCCCACAACUGGCUGAGGGUGACGCAGUGGUGUUUACUGCCCCUCUUGAGCUUAGCAAAAUGAAUCCUCCCCCUCCUUACCCAGGCACAGUUGGUGCAGCAGUGGCAGUUUUGGCUGCUGCUUCUACGAGUUCCAACUCUGGGGCAAUGGGAAGCAGCUCCAGCCCUUCAUCCUCAGGGGAAGCUUGUCUAAAGAAAGGGGAUCUGACCUUGUAUCCACCUGGUGCACAGGCAGCUCAGUACCCAACCCCACUGGGCUACGAGCGUAUCACCACAUUUGACAGCAGUGGAAAUGUGGAGGAGGUGUGCCGUCCCCGCACGCGACUCGUUUACAACCAGAACGUUUACACGCUGCAGGGCCCGGGAAGCUCUGCCACCCUCAGGGUCUCAUCAUCUUCCUCUGCUGUGGAGGGGAAGAAGGUGCAGUUGCCCUAUGCCUCAGCCACGUUGAACCGUCUCACUGUGCCAAGAUACUCUAUACCCAGCGGGGACCCGCCCCCUUACCCUGAUACAGCCAAUCAGGGUGGAGCGGGGCGGAACCCUGGCCAGAGAUUGGACAGCAGCUUGAUUCACGCUACCUUGAGGCGGAACAGUCGUGACGCUGCUCUGAAGGUUUCUCAGAUGCUGGACCCCCAGAGGACCCUACCCUCGAAGGCAAAAGCCAGUGCUUUGUCUGCUUCCUACCAGCCGAGAGGGCCGACUGCUCUUUAUACAUGCAGUCAGUGCAGUAAUAACGGUGGUGUCAGCGCUGGGGCCACCAGCAGUGGGAGUAACGGAAUAGCUGGGGGGACGAUCAUUAGGCAAGAUUUCCCACCGACCGGAAGUGGUGCACCUCACAGCACCAUUAUAUUGCACUCCAACAGUGCCUCGCCUCUGCCUUCCCAGUCCUCCUACAGCCUGCUCAGUAUGGAUGGAGCCGGUGGAGUGUCUAGUGCAGGUGGAAACAGGGAAAGGGCUGACUAUGUCAACUCUGCCUUUACAGAGGACGAGGCAUUAAAUCAGUCUUUAAGGCAAAUGGCUCUUAAUACGGAGGUAGUGAGUUUAACAGUCAAACGGCCUCCACCGUAUCAAUGGGAUCCGUCUGCUACUGAAGAGAUCUGGGUUCCCCAAGAGCGUACAGCGACUCUGCCCACGUCUGGACCUCCUGCAUCCCACAAACCACCCCCACUCAUCCUCAGCCCUACACAGCAUCUGGACUUUUCCCAUCUUCCGUUUGUCCUCUCGCCUAAAUCUCCAAUGAGUCCUAACGCUCCAACUUUCCAACCGGCAGGAACAUACCAGAUUGCACUGUCCUAUCCACCAAGUGCUGCCUACAAUGGUCCCCCACUUCAGACAGUGCAAGCUUCUCCACAUCCCACUUCUCCCAAAGAGGUGGUUACUCCUCUUCCCUUUUCCCAGCAAGACCAAGCAGUGGUCUUGCCACCUGGUUAUCCUCCCAAUUUGCCCAACCUUGCUUGUUGUCCUCUCCCACCAAUGUACCCUGGGACAGCUUCUUGUUCUAAUCUGCCUGUGACUCCCAUUCCGCUUCAUCCAUGGGGUUCUUAUAAUCCCUGUCCACCCAUGCCAAGCCCCCCAGGUCCUGCCCCAUCCCUUCCACCAAAGACCUCCCACAUGCUGGAUAAGCCUGUUCUUUCUCCUCCCCCUCAACCACCUCCUCUACCUACGCCUCCUCCAGACCUCCAGAGUCCCCCAGAAUCCAUCGCCGAAGCUGGGGAGAACGUUCAAGAGGUACUCUCACUUAACGAAAGCCCAGUUCCUCAAAGAGCAGACAGGUUUGGCAAGAAGAACCGCAAGCGUUUGGACAACAGUCGGGCAGAGGAAGCCAAUGUUUCGGCGAUCUCAGAAGGAGGCAACAAGUCUAAAAAAGAGGGCCGUGCCCUCAGUGACUUCAACUCCCUCAUCUCCAGUCCGAGGUUAGGCAGUCGAGACAAGAAGAAACCGAAAGGCCAGAAAGAGCAGCUGAAAGCCAAAAAGCUAAGCAAGUCCACCACAAACGAGUUCCAGGACAGCUCCGAGAGCGAGCCAGAGCUCUUCAUCAGUGGCGACGAGCUGAUGAACCAGAGUCAGAGCGGUAAAAAGAGCUGGAAAACAAAAAGGAACUUGCGGGCAGGAGGCUGUGAUCUGGAUGAAAUCAAAUGCCGAAAGGCGAAUGAGAAAGAAGACCGUGGCCUCGACAGCCAAGGGUUCGUCUACAUCAUGGCCAACAAACAGCCUCUUUGGAACGAAGCCACGCAGGUCUACCAGCUGGACUUUGGAGGAAGAGUCACGCAGGAAUCAGCAAAGAACUUCCAGAUUGAGCUCGAGGGGAGACAGGUGAUGCAGUUCGGAAGGAUCGACGGGAACGCCUACAUCCUGGACUUUCAGUACCCCUUCUCAGCUGUGCAAGCUUUUGCUGUAGCACUUGCUAAUGUCACCCAGCGCCUCAAGUGACCGAACACUUUAGACAAUUAUACCAUUUCUUUCUUUGCGCUGUUGUUCUUUCAACAUGUUUUUCCCCAGUUUAAGAUGCAGUACUAAUACUUGAAAACUAUAUCUGGGAAGUAAUUGCCACAUUUUCAAAGUGUUAAAGGUACCACUGGGCACUGAAAUCAAUUGCUGUACAACAUACUGUCAUUACUAAUUUGUUUUUGCAUAAGAUACUAAUGUUUGUCACACUUUGAGGACGUAAUAUCUAAACUUACUUCCAGGGACUUUACCCUUGGAGUUUAAUAGCUAGCAUCUGAUUAGAUGCUUUUGGCUUGCAGUCAUAAAAUGUAUUUUAUUAAGAAAUAGACUGAAUAUACAGUACACACGGUAUUUCUGUUAGGAUGGACUUGCUUUGGCAGACUGAAUAAGCUUAACGGUUAAACCAUUGAUGCUGUAUUCAUUAGCACUCUAGAUGUUUUAAUCAAUUCCUCUUGAAUGGUUUUAUGUGUGUUUGUUCAUCCACCCCUUUUUUUUAACCAUCUUGUACAUUCUGACUGUGCAUCUCUUUCCUGCUGUGAAACAGGAAGUGAAGUGCCAAUCAGAACCCCCCCCCCCCCCCAAAAGGAAGUGACUGCCCCCUGCUGACGCUUCUGUGAAGUGAUUUUGUGUAAUGGCUACAAGCCACAUUUAUUCCACCUCAACAUCCGCAAACAGGAGAUAUUUUUCUACCGUGCUUUAACAGUGUCAUUUCAUACCUUUUUAUUUUAACUUUUUAAAUUAUGUAUGUGCGACACACUUUGUUGUCAGUGCUAAGAAUAUUGGUGUUAGAUGAAGCCUCGUAGUACGAAUAGAAACUCAGCAGUAGGUUUGCGAGGAACAGCAAUGAGGAUUACGGUUCUCUAUGAAUAUAGCAACAUACGUAAUGUUUGGUUUUUAUUUUAUUUGACUGAUAUCAAUAAAACAAGCAAGAGAUGCAGCAUGAAUAGACUAGUCCCAGUUCAGAAGAGAGCACAGUUAAAGCUGUUUU